AGACCUGUCUCGGCGUGUAUAUUUGUAGCACCACCACUGUCCGCGUCUCUCCCUCUUCACCUCACUCUGUCGCGGGCCUCGCAUCUGCGCCUCGCCUCGCCAAUCCAUGCGCUAGGCCACGAACUAAGCGCUCCGAAGAGCUCAUCGCAGCAGGUGGAGCAGGCCAGCGGAGCAGAGAGCGUUCCCACGCGUAGUGCGCAGGGUCAAGGGCUUGCCACGGGCCAUGAGCGGCCCGAGCUCCUGCUGGCGUGGCCCACGGCAUCGGCAACGAAGGGCACGGGGACGUGACAUCGCCACGGCGAUCUCGUCUGGGUGUCAUGUCGCAUGCGCGUGCGCUGAGCACCAUGCACCCCACUCGCGAGCGGAGGGUCCCCAUUCUGGCGGCACGCGAGAUGCCGGCGGCGCGUGUCGCGUGUGGGGUACGCGCAUGCCGCCGCCGCACCGCAAGCGCUCAGCAGCAGCAGAUCCCGCUCCGCCGCCACGUCUCGUUCGGCCUUCUGCCGCUGCGCUGGUGCAUCUCAGCCCAUGCCCUGCACCCUGCAUGUGCUCGAGCCGCUUCGGCCGCGAGAGAAGGAUCGCAGGCAUGGCGGCAUGACUCGACCUGCGGAGCGGCCCUGCGGAAAGAGAAGAAUCGAGAAAAGGGCUCAGGGGUCGAGGUCGGUUUGCGUGCUCGCUGCGCUGGCAGCUUGCGUGCGCGCGGAGCACGGCAGCGGCAGAGGGGCAGCGGGUGGUGGCAGGUCGCGUGGGCGCGGCCACGUCUAAUCGCGCACUACAAACGCGCCUGUAGUGCCAGAUGUAUUCGUGCCGAUCAGGGCGGUGAGCCGUUGCUGUGCUGCGCCGUGCCUGAGCGUCUCGUGCUGGCCCCCCUCGAUGGCCGCGGCAGGCCGGCAGCUGGCGACUCUCGGUCUUGGGCUCUGCCUUCCUUCUCUUUCUCGUGGCGUGCUGGCGCUGAUGCAGCUCAGAGGAGGCGAGCGGCUUUGAGCUUGGGGCGCACUUUGUGUGGAGCGGCCUUCGCACGGCACCGCGCACGCUGCGCGCUGACAGCGCUGCGCCGCUCAGGGGCCGGCUGAUGAGGGGCGGCGGCCGCCCCCUCUGGCCCUUGGACACUCAGCCCGGCCGCUCUCCGCCCACGGGUGCUCGCUGCCGUAUCGAAUCGUCGGCGGACGUGCAAUCGUCGAACGUCUCGCUGCCCAUCCGGCGGUGCGGGCUG